GGAGAUGAAAGAAUCGAUAUAAAGUUAGUUGUCUGUCUAUUUGGACGGUUUUUCAUGGUUCCAAUUUUGUAAAGCGCGGUCGUAGCAUAUGCAUAUGCGUAUGCACGUGUUGUUAACUCUAGUUAUUUGCAAUAGUUUUACGUAAAAAUUUACAUAAAGCGUAUAGAAUUUUGUAAUAUUGUGUUAAAAGUUAUAAAUUUUGAGGUUAUUAUUAUAAGUCAAAAUGAGUACGAUCUUGGAAAAAAUUGCUUCGAUUGAAGCUGAGAUGGCAAGAACUCAGAAGAAUAAAGCAACAUCCGGUCAUUUGGGUUUGUUGAAAGCAAAGUUAGCUAAAUUGAGACGUGAACUUAUAACACCGAAAGGAGGUGGUGGUGGUGGUGAGCAAGGAUUUGAAGUUGCCAAAACUGGAGAUGCUCGGAUAGGUUUUGUUGGUUUUCCUUCUGUUGGUAAAUCAACGUUAUUGAGUACGUUAGCUGGUGUAUACUCCGAAGUUGCAGCGUAUGAGUUUACAACUCUAACUACUGUUCCUGGUUGUAUAAAAUAUAAAGGUGCAAAAAUACAGUUAUUGGAUUUACCUGGUAUUAUCGAAGGUGCUAAAGAUGGCAAGGGUCGUGGUAGACAAGUAAUAGCUGUAGCUAGAACUUGUAGUUUAAUUUUUAUUGUCUUAGAUGUGCUUAAACCAUUGGGACACAAACGUUUGAUCGAACACGAAUUAGAAGGUUUUGGGUUACGACUUAACAAACAACCACCUAAUAUUACUUUUAGAAAAAAAGAAAAGGGUGGCAUCAAUCUCCAAACAACGUGCGCACAGUCAGAACUUGAUUUAGACACAGUCAAGACCAUAUUGGCAGAGUACAGAAUUCAUAAUGCUGAUAUUAAUCUACGAUACGAUGCUACGUCGGACGAUUUGAUUGAUGUCAUCGAAGGGAAUCGUGUUUACGUACCAUGUAUUUAUUUAUUAAACAAAAUCGAUCAAAUUAGUAUAGAAGAAUUGGAUGUUAUUUAUAAAAUACCACAUUGUGUACCUAUCUCUGCUCAUCACAAAUGGAACUUUGAUGAUUUGUUGGAGAAGAUGUGGGAUUAUUUACAACUCGUUAGAAUUUAUACCAAACCUAAGGGUCAACUACCAGAUUACAAUUCUCCUGUAGUAUUGAAUACGGAAAGAAGAACUGUCGAAGAUUUCUGCAAUAAACUUCAUAGGUCAAUAGCAAAGGAAUUCAAGUACGCGUUAGUAUGGGGAUCUUCGGUAAAACAUCAGCCACAAAAAGUGGGAAAGGAUCAUGUCUUGAGCGACGAGGAUGUUGUACAAAUAGUAAAAAAAGUGUGAUUUUAUUUUGUGCUAUAUAUAUAUAUGUGAGUAAAUAUUAAAAAAUUGAUUGAAAAAAAAGAAACAAAAGAAAAAGAAGACAGGUAACUCACGUAUUAUACUUAACAGAGCUUGGUAGUAUAAUACUCUUUUAAAUUUCUCAUUUCGUUUUACAAAUAAAAAGUUACUAAUUUAGAUUAUGAUACUAUUUUCUAGUAUCUUUCUAAUUAUAAACAAACAAAAAAGAAAUAAAAUACAAAUAUGUACAUAUAAAUACGUAUAUCUUUCAUAAUGAUAGAAUGUAUAAGUUGAGAUGUGGUAAUGUCUAAUUAAAUAAAAAAAAAAAAAAAAAAAAAAA